CCCUCGCGGACGACACAUCGAAUAAAAUUUCCUGCCCAUGACAAAUACUAGCAAUCCGCCAAAACUAUCGAAGGGGCGGAUUCUGCAGCAAAAUCGAAUAUUCCGCUCGGACCCUGGCGGGAAUGGAGCAGCAGGCGGCGCCGCAGCCCUCCCCGCGUCUCCGACCACCACCGGUGGCCGCUACGUCCGCGGCUGAUGGGGUGGGCGCCGACGCCUCCUCCGAGCCCUGGUGGCGGCGGAAGCGGCCGCGCCGGCCGCCUCCGCCGCCGGAGGCCGACGCGGAGGCAGUGAAGGCGGAGGCGCUGGAGCUGAUGGCGGCCCACCCCGUGCUGCCGCGGCUCGUCGUCUUCGACCUCGACCACACCCUCUGGCCGUUCCAGUGUGACCGUCUGCCGAAAGAUGAAGUCCCUUAUCUUUAUCCGCAAGCUAGAGGCAUACUGAAUGCACUAAAGGAUAGGGGAAUUGAGAUAGCCAUUGCUUCUCGAGCAUCCAGGAAGAAAGGCGUUGCAAAAGCAUUUCUGGAAAAACUUGGUAUUCACUUCUUGUUUGGUGCACAGGAAAUAUUCUACACUUGGAGUCCAAAGAGCGAGCAUUUCCAGAGUCUCCGUCGGAAGACCGGUGUACCUUACAAGUAUAUGCUUUUCUUUGAUGACGAGAUCAGAAAUAUUUUAGCAACAAGGAAAUUGGGGGUCAGUUGUGUGCUUGUGGAGAAGGGUAUAACUCUGGACAAGUUGCGAACUGGACUAAGCACUUGUUAUGCUAAGAGUUCAGCAUCACCCAAUGCAGAGCCGGCGGAGUGCUGAGCUUGUUAUUUAGACCUGCACUCAUUCCAGUAUGUCAGUUGCCAAAGCCAGGCGUCAUAAAUUCAUAUAAUAUUUCUGUCUGAAUGAAAUGAGAUACUGAUUACACUGGAUCUCUGUGUAGAUUGUUGGAACGAGAUCCCCUCAGUAGCACCCUGCAGGAACUGAGAUCCCCUGCAGUAACGUGCAUUUGAUAUAUGACUUUUAGAUUGAAACCAAUGGUUAAGAUUUAGAGCUGUAGUAUUUUAAAUGCACUGUUGCUAUAGUAUUUAAACACUAUUCAUGACAUUUAUUCAAUGUUUCUCUCAUACGGAUAGUAUUGCUGUAGGGGAUUCGGACCCUAGAUUGUUGGCUUUAUAUAUCGCAUUUACUGUUUUUUUAUACC